UCCAUUCGUGGUUGAGCACACAACGGUGCCCGUUCCCCUGUCCUCAAAAUCCACUGUGUACCACUCGCAGAAUAUUCAUGGAAUCUCUUCACCACCGCAGUGGUCUCCUUUUUCCAUUUCACCAUCUUCUGGUUCAUUGUGUCUCCCUUACAGAGGACAUUGCAUCCUGGCCUGAAAACAGGCCUUCCCAGGCAAAUGAAACGAUCAAGAGGGAUAUCUGUUCAUCACUGAAACUGGAUACAGUCUGAUACGGAGGUGCUCUUCAUUUACUGUUCGUCAGUUGCGUUCGGGCUAAUGAUGGUUAAGAGCUUUGUGUACUCUAAUGCGGAGGAGUGUGCGUUUUCCGCAUCUUGAAUUAUUGCCCGUGAUCCAAUUCAGAGGAAAGUCGCUCUGAACAGCUGAGUGACGUCUUUGGCUGGAAAUCGCAUGAACAGAGACAAUCAUCGAGAAUUGAGCUCACUUUGAAACGUGCAGAUUGUGCGACUUCAAGGGUAGUGUACGCCGAGAGAAUUUAAUUUGCUUGUGUCCGGCGUCCGAUCUUGGAGAGAAGGAAGUAAGGACGAUGACUGUCGCACAGGAAGUAGUUCUGGAGAAUAGAAUGGAAGGCAACCAUUACAAUUAGGACGAUGUCCAGGAUCCAGCAGGGUGACGAAGGAAGGGAGGAAAGAGGGACGGAGACCAUCUGAGAGGAAAGAGAAGGGAAGAGGAGCAGAUGGAUGCAGAGGAUUUUUCUUGGGACAAGGUGGAUGCCAAAUUUUCUUCGCAAAUGCGACUCUCUGGUCUGAAUCCGUCGCACCGCAUUGCGAUUGCGGUAUCCGGAGGAGCUGACAGCAUAGCGUUAUGUCUCUUGAUCGCUCGAUGGAAGAGACUGACUGUUCAGCGUGAAGGAUAUGCGAGACAAGGAGUCGGCGAGCUAUUUGCGUACGUGGUGGAUCACAGUUUGAGGAAGGACAGUGCUGAGGAAGCUUUGCUUGUCAAAGAAUGGGCUCUCAAACUAGGAUUCAAUUGUAGAAUACUGAAAUGCAAGUGGCCUAACGGCAAACCAUCUCCAGGGCAUCUUCAAGAAGCAGCGCGUAAUGCCAGGUAUUCUUUGCUUUCACAGGCUUGUAUUCAGUCAGGUGUCCAAGCACUGCUCACAGCACAUCAUGCCAACGACCAGGCAGAACUUUUCAUUCUUCGGUUGUCUCGUCGGAGUGAGAUUGUGGGAUUAGCGGGAAUGGCAUUUGCAGCAGAUCGUCAUCCAGUCUUAUCAACAAUGCACUGUCCCGCUCGUUCUUCUUUGGUUCUGGUCAGGCCAUUGCUCAAUUUUUCGAAACAGGAGCUUUAUGUGGUAUGUAAGCAGAGUGGUCAAGCUUGGGUUGAGGACCCAACGAAUGCCAAUCUCACUUUUGCACGCAAUCGUAUACGCAAAGCACUGCACGAACCAGAAUAUUUGCUCCUGAAGAAAGAAGUUCCAAAAGUGAUAGAAUUCUGUCGCAAGAUGCGAUUCUCUAUCGAUAGAGAUCGAGACUUUCUCUUGCGUGAUGUGGCACGGAUCUCGCAUGAUCUUGGUAAUGUAACGGUCGAUGUCCAAAAGCUUGUUUCCAGAGGCAUCACUGACAUUGUGACCCAUCGAGCAGUGGCUGCCAUAUUACAGUUUGUAGCUCAGAGGGCAAAGCCUCCUCGAGGAAGGGUUGUGGAGAUGCUCCUCGACCGCUUGCGUUUAGGGAGCUUACAGGGAGCGUGCACAGUCGGAGGGUGCUACGUUUUUCCUUUGCCCGGUUCGAAGGGCUCAAAAGCCGUUUUUUGUUUUUCUCCUGACUCUCCACCACCUUCCGGGAUAUUGAAAUCAACUACACAGGAGUUGGACUCUUUCUUAUCCCCAGAAUCAUGUAUGUGGAGUGGACUGGGGAUGCCUGUACACACGCACAGAAGUUCGGUUCUAAGCGCAGCAGAACCUGUUGUCGUCGAGGACACCAACUUGAUUGGUGUUGCUCCAGAGGCCGUUACGAUGGAAAAGCCUCCAAGUCGUGUCAAAGAUUUCAAGUUAUUAGGGUUGAUAUCAGAAGAUGGAGCAGCAUUAUUAGAAAACUUGACUUCUGAAAUGGCAAUAGAUACGGCUAAAUCUUCUGUGGAGCAAACCAGUGAAUCACCUUGCUUGAUGACUACAGUUGGUGACAGGAUGAUGAAAAGGAUAUCGAGUGGACAGGUCCUGAAUUAUAUGGAUCGAUUUUGUGUCAGUUUGAAUCAUAAAGCAACAGACAUAUCCCGUACAAGUGACUUAAAUACUGCAGAAGAGUAUUGCGGUUUCUUGCGUGACGGGCCCCUUUUGUACGUUCGUCAUUAUGUAGACAGAGAUUGGCAAUACUUAUCCGAUCUUGCCAAAGGAAGAAGUCAAGAGUGGGGUCAAGGCUGUAAUUUUGCUUGCGGUGAGCUUACGGGGAAUGCAACCACAGGAUAUCCUUGUAGGGAAAUCAAGCUGUGUAAGACUGGUCACGGGGAGGAAAAAGGUACAUCAAUAAGAAAUACGAGGGGCUUGAGUAUACUUGAGUGUAAUAGAGAUCUGUUGAACGUCGCACAGCGGAAAACUUCCCCAAUGGCAGGGUGUCAAAGUUAUAAGGUAUCGAAAGCCAGGGAAGCCCUCGAAAUCCUGAAAAAGUUUCCCAAGCCUAUAAGGAGGAGUCUACCUGUACUCACCACUGCUCAGGGACUUCUUCUUGUAUUGCCAUUUGCAGGCUUUGCGCAUUGCAAGAUUUUUUCAUUCACCGCAAGAUUUUGCCCAAGAAAUCCUCUGGGUGGAGGUAGAGCAUCCUGGCAUUAAGCAGGUGCUUAAGCAUGAGCCUUAGAUCCAAGGCGUGUAUGAUAGGUUCAAGUAUUUAGUCAGCUGCAUUUUUAGCCAGAGUCACUUUUGAAACCAUGUUGGCGAAUAACACCAACCAUGAAGGUAAGCUGUGAAGAUGCAAUUGAAUUAUCAUAUGUGAAUUCACUGUCAAAUAAAGUGCGUUAGACAGGGUUCAAAGUUUUCACCCCUGCAAUU